AUUUGAGUCAAGUCAUUCAAGCUUUAGGUCUUCAGCUUUUUAGGUUCCUUCUUAAUUGCCCCUGGAUAUUCAAGAGUCAUUCAAGCCGAAAUAAACAAGCGCCUCUCUCACCCUCUGAUCCUUUUGUGGCGUCUCUUAACCUCUCCCUGUCUCUCUCUGUCUCACACGCAGAGAGAUGAAUGGCUUUAUUGGAGUUUCCUCUGUAGAAAUGGAGGGAGAGAAGAGAUAUGGAGCAUUGAGUCAAAUGAGCAAAAGCCACUGGAGAGAAGGAAAAGGGGAGAAGAAGAAGGGAGACAAGAUGCCAGCAGUUUGGUUUGCUCUGAAGAAGUCUCUCCAUUGCAAGUCUGAGCCUUCUGAUGUGUGUGAGCCAAAGGCCAAGGGGCACCUGAGCACCAUUCUAACCAGGAAACCAUGCAGGUCAGGGUGCUCCAGAUCCAUAGCCAACCUCAAAGAUGUCAUCCAUGGGCAAAGGAGGCACCAUGAGAGACCAGCAAGCUGCAGUCCAAGGUCCAUUGGGAGCAGUGAGUUCCUGAACCCAAUAACCCAUGAGGUGGUCCUCAGUGACUCCAGGUGCGAGCUCAAGAUAACAGGGCUCGGGGGUGGUGGUGGCGGCCCUGAGGGUGGUGCAGGUGUGGGCUCUGCCUAUAUGGGCACGCUGAGGCCAGGGACACCAGGCCCUGGGGGAGGGCACCAUGCCCUGAACUAUAGCCCUUCUUCUCCUUUGAGAGGCAGCACCCCUCCAAGGAGGGCCCUUGGGGCGGCCGCCAAUAGGGAGGGCCAUAACUUGGGGGGCUCCUCUCUUCAUGAUGCGGUUUUUGGGAAUGGUGGAGGAGGCUCUCUUUUCUCUUCAGCACCAAGGGCUUUUCAUGAUGUUGGUUCACAUGGGCCUUCUGCUACCAUAACCUGCCACAGAUGUGGGGAGCAGUUUGGGAAGUGGGAGGCCUUGGAGGCACAUCAUCUCUCCAGGCAUGCAGUUACUGAACUAGUGGAAGGGGACUCAUCUCGAAAGAUUGUAGAGAUAAUAUGCAAAGCAAGCUUGUUGAAGCCCGAGAGCAGUUGUGGGCGAAUAGAACGGGUCUUAAAGGUCCACAAUGUGCAAAGGACUCUUGCCCGAUUUGAAGAGUAUCGAGAGAUGGUAAAGAUAAAAGCCAGCAAACUUCCUAAGAAGCAUCCCCGCUGCCUAGCUGAUGGCAAUGAACUGUUAAGGUUUUACGGCACCACAGUUUCCUGUUCUCUGGGCAUGAGUGGCUCUUCAAACCUUUGCACAUCAGAGAAGUGCAAUGUUUGCCGUAUUAUAAGGCAUGGGUUUUCCACAAAGAAGGAACUGAAGGGUGGCAUAGGAGUAUUCACGACUUCGACCAGUGGGAGAGCACUGGAAUCUACUGAAGUAUUUGACGAUAACCCUUCUAGCAGAAAAGCUUUGCUGGUUUGUAGAGUGAUCGCAGGGAGGGUUCAUAAGCCAAUGGAUAACCUCCAAGAUUUGGCUAGUCAGUCAGGGUUUGACUCAGUGGCUGGGAAAGUUGGUCUAUAUGCAAAUAUUGAGGAGCUCUACCUGCUUAAUCCACGAGCUCUUCUACCAUGCUUUGUGGUAAUCUGUAAACACUGAAGAAAGUUAAAUUGGUAUUUUUGGCUGCACUUUUGAAUCUAUGGCAAAUGUCUCAACUACCCUACAGCAUACUGCUUGUGAGAUUUUGAGUUAAUGUUGUCAAGGAAUUUUGAUCUGAUGUCCUUAUCUAAUUGCCAACUGAGUACAGACUUCCUUUCUAAUGCCUUUUGUCUGAUGUCCAAAUACAAACAAUAUUUCAUCACAUAUCCGUUUCUUAUUCUUUAGCUAUAUUGAUAGCAUGUGAAUUGGUGUCAGCAAUUUUAUACACUGGUUUGUUGUUUUCUCUGGCUUUCUGUUGGAUCUAUGUGCUUUAGUUAUAAAGGUGAGGUUUACAGAAUCUUUCAUAGAAGUAGCUAAACAGAUAGAUUGAUAGACAUAAGAUGGUCGAUAUAUAUGUAGAAAAGUCAGUUUGGUUUAAUUUAGUUUUUAUGAUUUUAUUUUCUAUUCGUAGCAUGAGAAACUAGAGCUUUGAUUUUUUUUUUUCCUUUUUUUUUCUUUUUUUGAGAGAGAGAUAGAGAAGGAUGGAAGGAUCCUUCAGUUCAUUUCAUGACUGAAAUGAAAACAGAGAGCACAGGAAUACAAGAAAACCUUCCAAUGGAAGGAAAACAUAUUCCAAUCAAAAGUGAUAUAUAACUGCAAGCAGCAAUUUAGAUUUUAGAGCUUUGAGUUGAACAGCUCAUUUUUUACAAACUGGUAUGGCAUGUCUGACUCCAUUUUUCAAAGAACAAAGAAAUGGUCAUUUUGGCAUGUUAAAUUUGAUCUAUAAAAUUGCUACUUUCUCUUAUUUCACUCCAAAACUAACCACUUUGUCCUAUCUUUCUUGAUAUAUGAUCUUAUUUACUUUCUGACAACAUCUAUCCUUCUUUUGUUUCAGACUUUGAAAACUU